GCGCCGCAAAUUACUAUAAAUAAUCAUAAAUAAGCAUCAUAAUUUCAUACUUUUGUUUGUUUAUUAUUCCAUAUUUCAUAACAAAAGUUACAUAAAUAAAUGUUGUUAUGAUUGAGCUGCUGCUGCUGCAGUUUUUUCGUGCCAUUCUGUAAACCCGUGAUGAAGAAGUCAGUCCAAUAAUGUCCUUGACUGAAGGAAGAGUAUAAACAAGUUAAAUAAUAAUGUGAAGAAGACUCAACUGCAGUUAAAGUUAACUACUCAACAUUUAAUUAUAGAUAGUGUAUCGUGAUAAGGCGAAAGUGUGGAUAAGAUCCUUUCUUUUAUGUGUGUGGCGUGAUUAUAUCUGAGUCAGACAGAUCUUGUUUACAUUUUGAGAAGAAGAUGGCUGCUCCGAAUAAUAACAGAUUUACGGGAGGAGGAGGGAGCUUAUCAUCGACGUCGCCGGGAGGAGGUUCGUCCUCCCUGAUCUCGCAGCUGAUUCAACACUCCUCGAUGAAGAAUAUCCUCGCCCUUUUCUUCCUCCCGGUCGCCUUGCCUUAUCUCAUGUACAAGUUCAUUAUCGCAUUUCGAAAGCGGUAUGGUCUCAAGAUGCGCCGUUUGGAGGGGAAGGUCGUCGUCAUCACGGGAGCGAGCAGUGGGAUCGGAGAAAGUUUGGCGAAAGUGAUGUAUGCGAAUGGAUGCAGACUUAUCCUCGCGGCGAGACGAGUGGAAGAGUUGGAACGUGUCAAGGCGGAAUUAGUGAGGAGCAAGACGCAGUACGGGACUGUUUACAUGCCUGCCGUCGUGCAGUUGGAUCUCGGUGAUUUGAAAUCGAUGGAGGCGAAAUCACUGGAAAUCCUGGAAAUCUACGGAUUCGUCGACAUCCUCAUCAACAAUGCAGGGAUGAGUUAUCGCGGCACCAUUUUGGAGACGAAUAUCGACGUUGACCAGCGAGUCAUGAUGGUCAACUAUUUCGGACCUCUCGCCCUCACAAAGAAUCUCGCCCACUCCAUGGUUGAACGCCAAUGUGGCCGUGUCGUCUUUAUCUCGAGUGUCCAAGGGAAAAUCGCAAUCCCAUACAGUUUCUCUCUCCUCUCCGAUGACAGAUCGUCCUACACCGCGUCGAAACACGCCCUGCAAGCACUCGCGGAUUCCCUGCGUGCCGAACUGACCGACCUGGGCAUCAAAGUGACCGUGAUUUCGCCCGGUUACGUAAAAACACACCUUUCUAUGAACGCCGUGACCGGCACGGGUCACAACUACGGACGGAUGGAUGCCGCCACGGCGUCUGGCCACUCACCCGAUUACGUCGCGGCGAGAACCCUCCGAGCCAUUUUGGGGGGCGAAACGGACGUCGUAAUUUGUUCCUUGAUGCCACGAAUUGCCAUAUUUUUAAGGAAUCUUUGUCCAGAAGUGUUCUUCUGGGUUAUGGCGAAUCGAGCGAGGAAGGAUUCCGUGGGAUGAGAUGAUGAGAAUUUAUUAAGAUAAGAUGCUUAUCAGAGUAUUGCUCAUGUUUUUUUUGUGUCGCCAAAGAAGAAAACACUUAUUUCAAUUCUUAUUUCGUGUCUUAUCCUAAACUUAUGUAAGUAACUUUGUACUUAUCUUUUGUAGAAGAGAGGGGAAGACGGAAAAAGUAAUUAAUUAGAUCCCGGUGUCAAAUAUUUUUAAAGUCAGCAUUUCCGGUUUUUUGUUACAAUUUUACUUCAGUCCAAUUACGUAUGAAUAUUUAGAGUCUUUAGAAGCUAUAAUUGAAAGAAAUGAGUUAAUGAAUUAAUUAUUACAUUAAUUUUGAGGAUGAGGACAAUAAAUAAUUUAAUGAAAAUAAUA